AUGGCUCUCCCUCUCACAGGCCGUCGCCGCCGCCGUACAUGGGACGACGCUGAACGCCCCGUCGCCGAUGCGGCGCCGAUCGCUUUCUUUGAUACGGACGGGAACUACGUGCAUAGCGGCGCCCCAACCCACGAUAGUGAUCGGCGGCGGCGGCUAUCUCCACGGUUCAAGAAGCAAGAGGAAGUUUCUCCAGUGGAGAUGGCUAUAAGAGGAUCUCUCUACUGGCUUGAUGGCACGAGGAUGAAAUGUUCAAAAUCGCAAAUAAUUGAGAAAAGCCGUGCUCAAAUGCGCCUACUGGCUCAAGCUUUAGUAGACAAGUAUAAUGAGGAUCACAAACUGAUGGGGGAUCUUGCAUACGAACUCAACGAUGUCCUGCACUACCAAUUUUUUUCUGAGCCCCAUGGCACCAUCCUUAAGACGAGUAGGUACUAUCAUUUGAACUUCACCAUGAAUAUUAAAGGAGAUGAUGAUUCUGACUGUAUCACCAACGAUAUAUUCUUCGUUGAAAUCAAACUUAUGGAAGGAGAAUAUGAAGAGAUGGCUGUUACCCGUUUCUGCAUGGUCAAACCUAAUGACAAUGGUCACUGCUAUGGUUGUACUAAUAAUGGAAGUGCUGGUUUGAAACAUCCCAACAAUUCCUAUGCAUAUCUUGGUGGUCACGUGAAUGCACCAUAUUCGCCAUCUGAGUGGAGACUCUGAUGACAAUGUGGACGAGGAGGCUAGGCUAAGAUACAUAUACAACGGCAUUGGUUCUGUUUAGGGCCACAGUGACCCACAUUUUGAGGAAAUCUUCACUCCCUCCGUAUGCAACAGAGGUCCUGAAAAUGUGAGGAGGAAACCUGAGUGAAACACCACAGCCCUUGCACUUUCUUGUAACUAUAUAUUUCCCCAUCAUCCAACCUUCCAAUGCUAAUCUUAGUAGCUUGGCAUUUCCUGU